AUGCAGCUAUUUCCUAUGCCGACCCCGGCGCUUAGGGAUCUAGCGCGCUCUGCCGAGGGGAAACGGAGCCGAGUUUUUGAAGCAUGUGAUGAAGACAGCAAAGGCUAUUUAAGCAGAGAGGGCUUGAAAGUUGCUGUGGUAAUGUUGUUUGGUUAUAAAUCCUCAAAGGUGGAGGUGGAUUCAGUAAUGUCUUCUGUGAGACCACAAAAUUCAGGUCUAUUUUUGGAAAAGUUUUUAAAUCUCAUGAGUGCAAAUAAGGCUGCGGAGUUAUAUAAUGAAACAAGGCAAAUAUUUACAGCUUUUGAUGUGCAAGAUAGAGGAUUUUUGACUUUUGAAGACUUCAAGAAAGCCUUCAAUUCUGUUUCUCCUACAUUAUCUGAAAGAAUCAUAGUUGAAGCCUUCAGUCUUCCACUGUCCCUCUUGGUCCUGAGGUUGACAGGUUAA